GAUCUAGGUCCAUAUCCAUUUUGAUAGGGGCGGCCUAGACGGGCCCUUUGUUUGCGCAUGUCAAACCAAAAUCCAUCAAAUUGAGCCGUCGAGGAGGGUCCACGACACACAAUCAGCUAACCCAGUCAUCAACCAAUCGGACGCCCACCGGGAUAACGAAACUGCACCGUCAUCCCCCCGCGCUCACUCUCUCUCUCUGCAGAUCACCGGAAACGGCGACUCGCCGUCCCGACGGCAAAACGUUUAGACACACUCUGUCUCUCCUCCCAUCGACUGCACAAAUUCCGCGUACGGAAACAUACUCCAAAUUCCACAAACUUAUACGUAUCUGAGAAUUGUUUGGUUGAGCUUGGACGCAGUGAGCUCGGAGUGAGGCUGAGCUGCUUUAUUUCUCACAAUUCACCGAUUCUCCUUCUCCGUCGCGGAGAUUGAGCUGUUGGACCAUGGGCAGUAGUGAACGGGAUAAAUCUCCAAAAGAAGCAAAGGAGCCUUUGACUCCUAGUUCACAGGAGCACGCCACAACCACCAGCACUGUCAAUCCAGAGUGGCCAGGGUUUCAGGCAUACUCUCCUGUGCCUCCGCAUGGGUUCUUGGGAUCAAAUCCUCAAGCACACCCUUAUGUGUGGGGAGUUCAGCAUCUAAUGCCACCCUAUGGUACUCCACCCCAUCCUUAUGUUGCAGUGUAUCCACAUGGCAGUAUCUAUGCUCAUCCAUCCAUUCCGCCAGGAUCUUACCCGUUUAGUCCAUUUCCAAUGCCCUCUCCGAAUGGCAUUUCAGAGACUUCAGCUAAUACUUCUGGAAACGUAGAAGUAAAUAGCAAGGCAUCUGAAGGGAAGGAAAAGUUACCUAUUAAAAGAUCCAAGGGAGGCAUGCGCAGUUAUAAAAUGGCUUCAGAGGAAAAUAAUGAACUUGGAAAAACAUCUGCAGCAACUGCUAAUGGAGCAUACUCUAAAAGUGCGGAGAGUGCAAGUGAAGGGUCAACUGGAGGGAGCGAUGUCAAUUCUCAAAAUGGAUCACAAACAAAGUCCAGAGGAGAAGCGACUCAAAAUGGAGAGAGCAAUGAUCAUGCUUUGGCAAUGGCACCACAAUCAACAGGUGGCGUGACUGCAUUAGGUGUUGCUGGCCCUACUACAAACUUGAAUAUUGGAAUGGAAGACUAUUGGGGCUCUGCUCCUCCUGUUAUUCAUGCGAUUCAAGGGAAAGUGCCUUCUGCUCCUGUUCCUACUGGAUCACGAGAGGGUGUUCAACCACAACAUUGGAUUCAGAAUGAGAAGGAGCUUAAGAGGCAGAGAAGAAAACAGUCCAACCGGGAGUCUGCUCGCCGUUCCAGGUUGCGCAAGCAGGCAGAAUGCGAUGAACUGGCCCAGCGGGCUGAAGCUCUGAAAGCAGAAAAUGCAUCUCUUAGAGCUGAAAUAAGUCGUAUGCAGAGUGAGUAUGAACAGCUUAGUGCUCAGAAUGCCUCUCUCAAGCAGCAAAGAUUGGGUGAAGUUCCUGGGAAAGACGAGCCGAGGCCGACCAGAGAAGAAUCUCCUCCCGCGGCGGAUCGCCUUUCAUCAGAAGCAGCGACUGCAAACGGUGAUCAAUGACCGGUCACAAUCGGCCUUUUGGGUGGUUAAUCUAAUGAGUUGGUAACAGGAACUAAUUUGCUGAUGAUGUUAGCUUUAAGCCUUUAACCUAAUUAAUGACUUGGGUUCCCUUUUCUGGGAGGGUCAAAAUAUUGUCCAUUGUUUCUCAGUGUACCCAUCUUUUAAGGUCGAGAAACUCUGAUGAUAUGUUUGGGCAGAACCCUUUUGCAUAUGAUGCUGCACCCUUAUGUAGGGUACCCAUCUCUCUAUUCAUCUUAUUACUUGCUCUCUUUGUCUGGGUUUAAUUGUUUACUUUCUUUCCAUCUGGCCAGACUCCAGAAUUAGUUGUCCAUUUAUCAUAUUUAAUAAAAUAUAAUGAUGGAU